UUUCAAUUUAUUUUGUCUUAAUCAUUGUUGAAAAAAAAUGUCAAGUAAAGAUGAAAAUAUUAGUUUGUUAAUAAUGACUAAUGAAAAAUUUCUAACCUUUAGCUCCCUAUUUAUAACCACCUGUUAGGCAGCUGUUCCCUAUACAACACAUAGUUGAAAUAAUAAAACAAAUGAAAUUUGUUUUUAGCUGUCAUUCUUAUGGCAUCUAAGUUUAAAACUCAGUUUAGUUGUUCAUUUAUAAAUAAAAACACAACCAAAAAGUAAUAAUAAUGUUGAAAUCGAAAUCACAAAAUAAUAUUUGUGAGCAAGAAGCAAGAUUUGUUCAAGAAAGGAUAACAAAAGUAGAAAAACAUUUCGCUGAUUUAUGUACUUCAUUCGCAGCAUAUGCGAGAAAAGCUGCAAGGCUUCGAGAUAAAAAUGAUGAAUUAGCAAAAGUGAUUCAAAAUUAUGCUAUGUCAGAGACUGUCAACCAAUCAUUAAGCCGUGGGUUACAUAAUUUUGGAGCAACGUUGUCGGUGAUUGGUGAUUAUAAAGAUGCAGAAGUUCAACGUAUCGAUUCAAAAAUAAUUUCAACACUGUCUCAGUAUUCAAUGAUAUGUAGACAUGCACGUGAAGAUGUUAAAAACACUUUUUCAGCUCGAGAUAAAGAACUUGCCAGAAGAAAGCACAUUGAUAAGCUGCUACUGAAAGAACAAGGAAAGUCACAGACAGUUUCACAAGCAGAUUUGAAAUCAAUGUCAAAUACAGUCCAAGUAUUGAAAGUUGUUAAAGGAUUAGAAGAACAAAUAGAUACAUUUGAGAAACGUAAGCUGCAAGAUCUUAUAACAUUGUUACUAGAUUUCGUAAUGAUAGAGUUAAGUUUUCACACGAAAGCUGUUGAGCUUUUUACAAAAGCUUACCAAGAUAUUGCCGAAAUUGAUACAUUCAAGGAUUUGGAGAAAUUUCGAGAAAUUCUGAAUGCCUCGGAAACAUUUUCACGAUUUGAUACUGUUAUGAGAACAUCUUGUCGUCAAUCGUAUUCACUCACUGACUUAUCGAAUCACCAAACACCAUCACCAUUGCAGCUUAAAAAAAUGAACCGUGCUAACGAAUCAAUGGAUUCUUUGAAAGCAGCCCUCAUGAAGUCAUCCGAGUUAUCGCAAGUUAGCGAGUACGAUGAAAGUUCUGAUACAAGAGACACUGAAUCUGUUGAAGAUAUUGCAAAAUAAAAAAUAUAGUGAUACUUAAGUAGUAAAUAAUUCAUUGGUAUUUAUUGGAUAGUAUAAUUUUAUUCGAAUUCAAUGUCUUGGUACUUUAAUUGUUCCAUUUUUCUACUGAAAUAUUACUAAUUUAAUUGAAAAAAAUUGUUUAUUUCAUAUUAUUGGAAUCAAUAAAUUUGAAAAAAAAAUAAUAA